UUUACGCAGUUGUCAGGCUACAGUGUGCUACCUGUUUGACAGGUAUCAAUCGUUUUAUUUAUAAACGACCGAACGAUACAGAAGAGUAAAGAAAUAAUUACUGUUGGUUUCGAAGCUGUCCUGUUGCUAAGCCUGUGUCCGGGACUGAAGGUCAUUUCGCGUAUUUAGUCCUUACAGCAGGCUAGCGUGCUGUAGCUAGCUUGUUAGCUAAAGGUAAAACGCCAUUUGAUAAAACAGGCAACAAACGCAGUGGUCUGUUUGUCAAAGGUGCCGCAGCUGCAAGUGUCUGUGAAUUACACCACCGAGAGUGCCACGAUGAAUGUCGCUAAAAGUGGUUAUCGUGUCUUCUCCGCAAAUUCCUCCGCAGCAUGCACAGAAUUGGCAAAGAAGAUAACAGAGCGUCUGGGAGUUGAACUGGGGAAGUCUGUGGUUUUCCAGGAGUCGAACAGAGAGACAAGAGUGGAUGUCAAAGAAUCAGUACGUGGCCAAACUAUUUUCAUCAUUCAGACCAUACCAAGAGAUGUCAACACAGCUAUCAUGGAGCUGCUGGUCAUGGCCUACGCCCUCAAGACUUCUUGCGCAAAGAACAUCAUUGGAGUCAUUCCUUAUUUCCCCUACAGCAAGCAGUGCAAGAUGAGAAAGAGGGGCUCAAUUGUCUGCAAGUUGUUAGCGUCAAUGUUAGCGAAAGCAGGAUUAACGCACAUCAUCACCAUGGAUCUGCAUCAGAAGGAGAUACAGGGCUUCUUCAGUUUUCCUGUGGAUAACUUACGUGCCUCCCCUUUCUUGAUUCAGUAUAUUCAAGAAGAGAUUCCUGAUUACAGAAAUGCAAUAAUUGUGGCAAAGUCACCAGCAGCAGCCAAGAGGGCUCAGUCUUAUGCAGAACGCCUGCGUUUGGGUCUGGCUGUGAUUCACGGCGAGGCUCAGUGCUCAGAGUCUGACAUGGCUGAUGGAAGACACUCCCCACCUUGUGUACGCAACACAACGGGACACACCGGACUUGAGCUACCUUCAGGCAAACAACAAGCUCCGUUCCCUGGCAUAGAGCUUCCAAUGAUGAUGGCCAAGGAGAAACCUCCCAUCACUGUAGUCGGAGAUGUGGGAGGAAGAAUUGCCAUCAUCGUGGAUGACAUCAUAGAUGACGUAGGAGACUUUGUUGCAGCUGCAGAGAUCCUGAAAGAGAGAGGAGCUUAUAAAAUCUACAUCAUGGCCACACAUGGGUUAUUGUCAGCUGACGCUCCACGUCUCAUCGAGGAAUCUGCCAUAGAUGAGGUCGUGGUGACCAACACAGUCCCCCAUGAAGUGCAGAAGCUGCAGUGUCCCAAAAUCAAGACUGUGGAUGUCAGCAUGAUCCUGGCCGAGGCCAUCCGCCGCAUCCACAACGGAGAGUCCAUGGCCUACUUGUUCCGUAACAUUACUGUGGACGACUAGAGCAUGUGCGCCGGUGUCGGCCGAGGUGGGUGCGACGGCGCCGGAGGCUGAGUGCACAUCGCCUCUGCUCCUUCCUGCCCAGUUCUGUACAAAACAUGCUGAUGUCAUGUUUCAUGUCUUGUGUAUGCCAAGUUUACAUUCAUCCCAUGUCGUUUAAUGAUACUCAGAUUACCCAAAGUUAUUUAAUUCUGACCAAAAGAUGUAAAACUAUUUCUUUUAUUGAGUCAAGAAAUACAUCUUUUCCUUAUUGAGUAAGGAUGAUUAAAAUAAAAAACAAACAAAAAAAAAAAACAGCAAACAAGUGACUUUGAGCUUUGAUGAGUUCAGUAACACGCCGAGGCCUCGUGUCUUUCCUCAUCUUGACGCUCUCACUGAUUUUCCAACUUGAACAAAACAUGCUUUGUACAUAAUGUUAUUUUAUCUUACACUGCGGUACCUCAUAUCUAAGGACUGAGCUUCUAUCACCAAUAAGAAGAGAAAAAAUGUCUCCACUAACAGGAGUUUGCGCUUCUUCUAAUGUUGCUCUUUGGGAUUGAGCUCCUCUGAACUGCUUAGAAUAAAAAAAA